CUAGUUAAUUUUUGUAGUAUGAGUUUAAUUUGGCAAUGAGCAUUUUAACCAUUUUUAUAAUUUAUUGCUUAAAAAAAAAAAAAGAUAAUGUUGUUUAUGCAUAAAUAUUAUUGAGUGCCCUUCACUGAAUAUACAUGCGUGUCUUUAAAUAAAAAUUAACACAUUUAAUCAUAAAUGACAAGGUUAAAUAAAUUGAAUAAGUUACCUGCACAUCAAUAUUAAUAAAUUAUUCAAAAAAUGAAAAAUACAAGAGAGUUAUUAUAUCUGAAAUCAACUAAUUAUUGUCCACUUUACUCAUAUCUUUCAUCUUUACUAAAAGCUGUCGUAAAUCUGUGUAUGUCGUUUUACAACUCAUUGUAGUAUUAAUCAGUCUUAAUUGUACUUCUGCAAAGCAAACACACAAGAAUAACUAUUUUUGACGAAUAAAGUCUACGCGUCAAAUAAUGAAACCAGCAAGAUUCACCAACCAAAAUAAAAAAAAGUUCGAUUUUAACCAAUGGAAUUCCAUUUGUUCCCGAUAUUUUAUGUGUAUUCAAUAUAUUUGUUUUAAAAUACUCGGAUUAGCACCAUGGACCUUAAACAUGUCGAAAGUAUUAAAAAAGAAUCAAAAGGCUCGUUUUUGUGGUCGUAAUAUUUGCAGUUAUUCAUGUAUUGGAUCAUGUUACAACAUUAUAUUGGUCAUUAUCUGUUUUGCAUUGAACUGCGACUUUCUUUUCAAGAAAACAUCUACUCUAUUGGAUUUUGACUCGCAAAUGUCAGCAUUAGUACUAACCCGAUAUGUUCUAAUUUUUUCAGCACUGAUUAUCAGUUUAAAUAAUAUUGUUUUGACAAUAUAUCAAAAAUCCCUUAUAAAGAUAAUAAAUAAAUUUGAAAAUAUGAAUAAGAAAUUGAGAUUACUGAAUGGCUAUAGUCAUAGCUAUGAACCAGAAUUUGAUUUUACAAUGUAUUUUCUGUUUAUUUUUAAUUUUUUUGUUCUUGGAAUCAGCAAAGAAAUCCAAACAAUAAAUAAUUUUCAAUUGAUAGUGAUGAUAAUAAAUCAAAUAGUUGUUGACUUUAUUACAAGUGGUGUCAUAAUGCAACACACGAUAUUUUUGACUAUGAUCAUUAAACGAUUGGAGAAAAUUAAUUCAGCUCUUUCAAAACUUCUCGGUGCAAAAAUUAUUGGAAAUCAAGCGCACGCACUAUCUACAAUAUCAACAAUACAAUCAUCAAUAUUUUCUGAUGUAAUUCUUAGUGAUUUAAACAAUAUAAUAUCUGCAUACAUUGACUUGUGUGAAAUAUGCGAGAAUCUUCAAGAUAUUUAUGGAUUCCCUAUUUUGAUCAGCACUGUAACUCUCAGUAUCAGAAAUACAUUUUAUAUGUACCUUUUGUUUCUACAUUAUUUUGUUGGUUUAUCAUCCAUGAAAUACGGAAUUUAUGAUUUCGUAAUACUUCUAUCAUGGUGCAUCUUCUUACUAAUAAUUUUAACGUCUAGUGUCACGAAAGCGGUAAACCAGAGCAAAAAAAUGGUGAAACUCGUCGAUUUACUUCUGAUACGAUAUUAUGCUGACCAACAACUCAAAGAGAAGUUAACUAAUCUAUCGAGUUUCUUGACCAUCGCAAAGAUCGACUUUACUGCUUGUGAAAUGAUACCACUAAAUCGAACACUUUUAGCGAUGACUGCUUCUACUAUUGCAUCAUACAUUGUUAUAGCUAUACAAUUUAAAAUCAAUUCGACUUCCAAAUAAUUAUUGAUGAAUUUUAUAAAAUUC